CUCCUCCUCCUUCUCCUCCUCCUCCUCUUCCUCCUCCUUCUCUUCCUGCGGUGCUUCCUCUUGGCAGUCACGGAGUAUAUAGCAUGCAGCGCCACAGAGAAACAGCAGCACACCUGAGGCACCACAAAGCAAGAUGCUGCUUCUCACCAUCGCCGUUGCCAUGCUGGCGGUAACUGCUGCAGAGCCUGAACCGAACCCUGUCGCCGCCCCUGCCCCUGUCCCUGCCGCCAAGCCCGACCCAGCCCCGAAGCCCGCCCCGAAGCCUGAGCCGAAACCUGACUAUCGGUACAGCCGCUACGACAGCCUGGAGAGCGAUGAGAGUGACGAGUACUACGGCAAAGGGUACCGCAGCAGUUCCGGCGUGUAUGGAGGGAACCUUGGCACUAAAUACAUUGUGAAGACCGUCGGGACCAGCCUCGGCACUGGUGUGGGGAGUGGUCUUGGGUACUCGAGCAAUGAAUAUGGCACUUACUACGGCAUCCCUUACACCACCACCCUCGGGUCCCUUGGCACUAUCACCUACGGGGGUCUUGGCACUCAUGGGACUCACGGCAAUCAGGGUUUCGGAGGCUAUGGCACUGUGGGCUAUACUGACACUAGUGUGUAUGGCGGGCCUGUGUAUGGCGGGCCUGGUGUGUACGGUAGUUACGGGUUUAACAGUGCCGAGAGGAACAUCGGGUCCUAUUACUACGGGGGCGGAAACCCUUAUGGGGGCUUCCACGGUGGCUUCGGCAACAGGGACUUUGGGAAUAGAGGGUUUGGUGGCAAGCGUCCCUUCGAAUACGGUCGUUACCAUUAAAGAUCGCCGAAACAAACCCUUUAAAAUCCAAUGACCUUUACUCAGCGUCCCUUACUCCUUACAGAACCCAAAACAAGGUCUUUAUAACCGAAAUUGAUCUUUAAUUCAUGUCUUACUAUUUAAAGACCCCAAAACAAGUCCUUUUAAAACCCAAACUACGGCCGUUAUCACGAAAAGCCCGCUAAGCAAGGCCUUUAAGGCCCACAGACCUUUAAUCAAUAUCUUACUCUUUAAAGGUCCCCAAACAAGCUUUUUAAUAUCCAGAGACCUUCAAUUUACGUCUCUUACUCCUUAAAUAAUCCUCAAACAAGCCUUUUAAAAUCCAGAGACCUUUAAUCAAUACCUUGCUCUUUAAAGGUCAUAAAACCUUUUAAAACCCAGAGACCUUUGACUAGUUUGUCUUGCUCCUAAAACUACCUUCAAAAUAAUUCCACCUUGAAAUUAUGACAAAAAAUCGCUAAAAAUGAUAUAUAUUCAUUAAAUUUAAUUGAGCUCCUAAUUUUGCGGGUGGCAAAGGCGCACUAGAGUAAUCAAUGUUAUAUCUUUUAUAUCGCAGAAAUAUAUGUGUGAAAAGAGCAUCAUAAGAAUUUGUUUGGUUAUCCCUGUCCUUUUACUGGCUCCAAGAAACUGUGGUGGUGGUUAUGAAGCAUUUACAGUGAUCAAUCUUGUAUCUUUUGUAGUGUCCCAGAAAUAAAUGUGUGAAAAAGAGCAUCAUUAAAA